UAAGAAGUGCAGUAGUUUAUAAGCCUAUAUUUUUCCAUUAUAGUCAGUUCCAGUUGUCCUCCAGUGAAACUGAACAACUGAGAUUUAAACCUGACUUGGUGCUUUUUCUGAUAAAGUUUCAUGUAUUCAUGUUUCACUGUCAUCUUUUCUACAUUGCGUUCGCCUCUCUGUCCUCAGAGCCUGAAGUAGUCAGGAACCUCAAUGUCAGUGAAAUCACAACGUCCUCUGUGUCUCUGACCUGGACUAAACCAGAGGGAAAGAGCUCUUUCUAUAGAGUUCAGUGGACUGAUGGAAAUGUAACUGACAGUGGCAAUGUGACUGAAGCACAUAUAAACAUUACUAACCUGACUGCCGGUGUCCAGUAUGAAAUAACUGUCACUGCAGUGGCAGGUGACAGCAGUACUGAAGGACGCAGUGAAGCUGUUUCUCAGUAUACAAAGCCUGAAGUAGUCAGGAACCUCAAUGUCAGUGAAAUCACAACGUCCUCUGUGUCUCUGAGCUGGACUGAACCAGAGGGAAAGAGCUCUUUCUAUAGGGUUCAGUGGAUUGAUGGAAAUUUGAAUCACAGUCGUAUUUUGAAUGAAACACACAUAAACAUCACUGAUCUGACUGCAGGAGAGCAGUACAACUUUACCAUAGUUUCGGUGGCUGGAGAUCAGAAAACUUUAGGAGAGGCAAAGACGAUUUCACUGUAUACAAAGCCUGAAGUAGUCAGGAACCUCACUGUCAGUGAAACCACAACAUCCUCUAUAUCUCUGAUGUGGACUAAACCAGAGGGAAAGAGCUCUUUCUAUAGAGUUCAGUGGACUGAUGAAAAUGUAACUGACAGUGACAAUGUGACUGAAGCACAUAUAAACAUUACUAACCUGACUGCCGGUGUCCAGUAUGAAAUAACUGUCACUGCAGUGGCAGGUGACGGCAGUACUGAAGGACGCAGUGAAGCUGUUUCUCAGUACACAAAGCCUGAAGUAGUCAGGAACCUCAAUGUCAGUGAAAUCACAACAUCCUCUAUAUCUCUGAUGUGGACUAAACCAGAGGGAAAGAGCUCUUUCUAUAGAGUUCAGUGGACUCAUGGAAAUGUAACUGGCCGUGACAAUGUGACUGAAGCACAUAAAAACAUUACUAACCUGACUGCCGGUGUCCAGUAUGAAAUAACUGUCACUGCAGUGGCAGGUGACAGCAGUACUGAAGGACGCAGUGAAGCCAUUUCUCAGUACACAAGACCCGGUCAAAUUGGGAAACAUACUGACUUCACAAACACGUCCUCCAUCUUUGUGAACUGGACGUCACCUCCUGGUGAGGUGUUCCUGUACCGGGUGGAGUGGCAUAACAAUGGAGUGCUAUUGAUCAUAUACACCAACAAUACUUUUACUGUGCUGUCAGACCUGAUCCCCGGUACUACCUACAUAAUCACAAUAACUGCCAUAGCUGGAGACAAUCGCACAAAAGGAGAGGGUUACACAUUCAACUCAGUCACAAAACCUGCUAAGGUCGGGAAUCUCUCCAUAACCAAUGUCACAACGACGUCUGUCUCUCUGGACUGGACUAACCUAGAGGGCAAUGCUACCUCGUACUUCGUUCAGUGGACUGCCGGUAGAGACCCCAUUAGUGACACCACAAAUGUAACCUUCUUCAUUAUCAAUAAUUUAAUCCCGGGAUCCCAGUACAACAUUACAGUGGCUGCUGUUGCUGUAAAUCCCUCAAACAAAGGAGAAGAAACCCUCACAACUACCUUCACAAAGCCUGAGAAGCCUGAGAACAUAAUGAUUGUUUCACGAGGAACUGGUUACCUGAAAAUCAACUGGACUUUGCCUAAAGGGAGGGCUGAUCACUAUGUGGUGAACAUCUCAAAUGAGAGACUGAUGUAUAGCAACAUAACAGCAGACACCUCAGCCCUCUUCACUAAUUUAUUACCUGGGAGAAUCUAUGUUAUCACAGUGACCUCUGUGGCUGGAGACUUAAGUGAGAUUUCUGAUUCAUCUUUAUUUGCCACUGAGCCCACACCUCCUGGUUCCAUCAUCAUCGUUCAGAGGACAAACUCUUCGCUCCAUCUGAAGUGGGCGACUCCUGCUAUGAUGGAGGGCGCUCCAAACAUCGGCUACCAUAUCAAAUUCCAGACUGAGGGUGGUGAGGUACAAAAUAAAAGCACCUCAGUCAAUUACACAGAGCUCUCCUCGCUUUCCUCUGGAACCUCAUACAACAUAACUGUGCAAACAGUUGGACCUCAGAAUUUAUGGAGCACGGUCAUUCAUAAUUCUGCUUUCACCCUGCCCAACCCUGUGUUGAACCUCAAAGCCAGUCCUAAAUCCACCACCUCAGUAGAAGUGAAAUGGUCAGAUCCGCAGGGCUUCAAGCCGCAUUACAAAUAUUUAGUUAAAGCCUACAAUAAUACAGGAGCACUGUUUAGUCAAACAGCUGAACGUAAUAGCAUUGAUGUACCCAGCCUGGAGCCAGGAACCAGAUAUGAUAUUAAUGUCACAACGAUAGCAGCAGCGGAAAGUGAAUCCACAGUGGAACAGACAUUCAGCUAUACAAUGCCCAAAGCAGUGACCAACCUCGAAGUGGGUGUGAGCACAAGGACCAUUCAUCUGACGUGGCUCAGACAAAGUGACCAUAAAGCUUCCUACUCCUACCUGGUGAUAGCGCUCCAGGAUGCCAAGAUGGUUCAGAAUGAUUCAACUCAAGUUGAGAAUUACACUUUCACCGAUCUGACCCCUGGAACCUUGUACACUUUUGAUGUGUUUACAGUUGUAGAAGGGGUCAGGUCCGAAGUGGAGAGCACAUCAAAUUACACAGAGCCUGAAUCAGCUACUGACAUCACAGCUAUAGGAAGCACAACUACCAUGACAGUGAGUUGGACACAAGCAGUUGGGGAGGUGGGGUCCUACACCAUCCUCCUGUACAAAGGCACAAUGUUGGUUAGAAACGCCACAAAUCUGAGCAACACUACUGUGAAGAAAGAGUUUCUCAACCUCACACCAGGAGUGCUUUACUGUGUGGAAGUGAUCACCAAAAGUGGACCAUAUGAGAUAGCAAACCCACAUGUUUGCAAUGCAACAUUUCCCACCCCUCCUGGUUCCAUUGAAGUGGAGUCUCAGACUGUGGAGUCCAUCAACUUCACCUGGGGCCUUCCAAACGGCAUGGACCAUAAUCAAUACAACUUUAGUGUGUCCACCUUCAAUGGCUCCUUUCUGACUGGGAACAACUGGUUCUUGCUGGACAAGCUCCAGUCUGGAAGCCCCUAUAGUAUCUCUGUUGUUACUGUGGGCGUGAAGAACUAUGAGAGCACCGCAGUGACAACACAAAAAUUUACCAGGCCGUAUCCUGUAACUAAGCUGAGACCAUCAGAAAUCACCACAAACGCAAUGACCUUGGUGUGGGAGCAGCUGGAGAGCAAACCUCAGUACUCAUAUGUGGUGCAGACCACCAACGGCUCUUUUUCUCAAAAUGAGACUGUUUUAAACAAAACCAUAACAAUCACUGGACUUCUCUCUGGGAGCAACUACAGCUUCACUGUCACCACACAGGCAGCAGAUGGGACUCCGGCAGCUCCAGAGACAGUGUCCUACUUUACUCGUCCGCAUGGUAUUAGACAGUUGGAAGCUGAAACGUUAAACACAAGUGCUGUACGUCUGGUUUGGAUGACACCACUGGAGUACAAGACUGAAUAUACAUAUCGAGUUGAGACUACAGGCUGUGGCUCCAAAAACAACACUCUUGCAGAAAAUUACACAGAGAUCUCACAGCUCACUGCGGGAACCAACUGCACCUUCUGUGUUUUUGUCAGGGCAGAGAAUGAUAUCGAAGGGGAAGCACACUGCACCUCUCAGUACACCAAGCCUGAGGCUGUGCAACCCAGUAUUACCAGCGCGGGCUCCAAUAGUUCAAUCCUGGUGUCAUGGACCAAACCUUCUGGGAAUGUGGAGCGCUAUAAGGUUUAUCUAAACAGCACUGCCACAUCUUUAAAGGAGGCAGAGCUGGACUCCACAAAAAACUCCACAAUUCUGUUUGACAGCUUACCUGCUGGAAGUCUAUACACUGCUGUGGUGUUCACACACAGUGGACCCUUCAAAGCAUCGUCUGAAUUUAUUACGAAUGCAACUUUCCCUAACCCUCCUGGGGCAAUUGACAUCCAGAUGAAGACAAACGGCUCCAUUUACAUCACAUGGGAGGAAGCACCUGGGAUGUCCAGUGCAUCGUUUCAUUACUUGUUGACUGACCUAUUAUCCCCGGGAGGAGAAUACAUCACGGCCAACACCACCAGUCAUAAUUUUACCUCUCUACUUUCCGGGACUUCCUACAACAUCUCCGUAGCAACAGUGGGUGUGAUGGAUUUUAAGAGUGAGAAGGUUCAGGUCCACAUGGUCACAACACGGCCGUUCAGUGUGAAGUAUCCUAUAGCUUUGCCAGCAGAGGAGAGCAUCACAGUGAAGUGGGCCGAACCCGACGAAUACAAGGAAAGCUAUCGUUACAAUCUGACCUGGAAAAACUCAGAUGGGCGCCAUGGAGAAAAAUUAAUCAAAGAAAAUGAGACAAAAAUUGAAUCCCUGGUUCCUGGCACGCUCUAUGAUAUAGGUGUCACCACACAGACGUUUGAUGGAACCGAAGGUGCUACAAUAAAGAUUUCCAGCUGCACAAAUGCAAGCCCAGUGAAAAAUCUUGUAUGUGAAGCUCCCAACACAACAAAUGCAAAAGUCAUCCUGUCCUGGGUGAAACCCAGUGGCCGGCACUCUGGCUUCCAGGUCACUGUAAACGAUGGCGAGAUCAUCAACUCAACAAACAUCUGUUGUACUCACACUGUGUCCGGCCUUCGCCACUAUACUCAAUACAGUCUGACCGUGGAGACUCAGAGCUGUGGACGACCCAGCACUCCUACGUCUGUUCUCUGCCAGACAGGCAUCACAAAUCCACCUGUUCCAGACAACUCUGAGAAACUGGUGAAAGUGGAUAACAAGGAGCACUACAGGUUCAGCCUUCAGAUUGACUCCAGCCUGCUGGAUAACACCAGUGGUCCAAUCACAUAUGUUGGUGUGCUGGUGACGGAUAAGAUCCCUGGUGACACAAGUAAUCUGACAAAGUACUUGGGAAAAACAUAUGAGCAGUGGAAGUCAGGUGAUACUUCAGUAUACCUGGCAACAGUCAGAAAAAACAGCUUUCCAAAAAAGAGCAGGAGAACAGUCAGAGAAAUCAUCUCCCAAUCACGCAAUGGAGGGAGCUUUCUGAACAUAGACAUAGGAGACAAAACCACAUGGGAGGGCUACACGAAUGGUGUUCUGGAUGCCAAUAAAGACUACAGAUAUGCUAUUGCGUUGUUCACCAGUCUGAAUCUGCAAAACAAGCUUGUGGAUCUUCAAGUUUCACUGGUGUCAGUUACACAAUUUUAUCCUGCUGUUUCACUCCCACAAAACCCAGUUGUCAUCGGCAUUGCAGUCGGGGCAACAUUGGGGAUUUUUUGCGUUCUCUUCAUCAUCCUCAUAGGCUUCAUUGUUUACUGGAAAAGGUUAUCCAACAAAGAAUCAUCAGACAUCCAGAUUCAUUCCCUGAGAUCUAAAGUAAGUGUGGAGGUGAGGGUGGAGGACUAUGAGGCUUACUACAAGAAGCAGAAAGCAGACUCCAACUGUGGCUUUGCUGAAGAGUUUGAGGACCUGAAGCUUGUUGGUACAGCUCAGUCAAAAACAAAUGCUCUGACGUUGGAGAACAAGCCCAAGAACCGCUACAACAAUGUGCUUCCCUAUGACUCCUCUAGGGUGAAACUCUCUAUUGUCCAUGGGAGUCCAUAUGAUGACUACAUCAAUGCUAACUACAUGCCGGGGUACAACUCCAGGAAGGAGUUUAUUGCAGCUCAGGGUCCUUUGCCCACCACAGUCAACGAUUUCUGGAGGAUGAUCUGGGAGAAGAACGUCCAGACGCUGGUCAUGCUGACACGCUGUAAUGAACAGGGACGAGUAAAAUGUGAACAGUACUGGGCUUCUGGCAUCAAGCACUUUGAAAACAUCACUGUGACAACAACCUCGGAAAUACCACUUGAAGACUGGACCAUCAGGGACUUCACCAUAAAAAAUGUGAAAACAGCAGAGACCCGGUCAGUGCGCCACUUCCACUUCACAGCCUGGCCAGAUCACGGGGUACCACAAACCACCGAGCUCCUCAUCAGCUUCAGACACUUGGUCAGAGAGCACAUGGACCAGUACUCGAGACACUCUCCUACUGUGGUGCACUGCAGUGCUGGUGUUGGACGUACAGGUACUUUCAUUGCCAUCGACCGUUUGAUCUUCCAGAUCGAAAGGGAAAACAUAGUGGACGUGUAUGGCAUUGUUCACGAUCUGCGCAUGCACCGGCCCCUUAUGGUGCAGACAGAGGACCAGUAUGUGUUCUUAAACCAGUGUGCCAUGGACAUCAUCAGAUCAAGAACUGGAACCAAUGUGGAUCUAAUCUACCAAAACACAGCCGCGCUGUCUAUUUACGAGAAUAUAGAACCAAAAAAAAGUUUCCCCAAAAACGGGUACCGCAAUUCAUAGGCAUGAGAAACAGCUCAGGUCUUCCACUUCCCUCUUUACUCUUGGCAAAAAAAAAAAAAAAACUCACAAAAAACCCCAAACUGAGCAGACAUUUCCAAAAGGAACACUUUUAAAAGAUUGGUCUGUAUUUAUUUUUUUUAUACUUGCCAUGCUUUUGGUAAAAAAUUAUAGCUUUCUUGAUGUAAACUUCUAUUUUGUGGUAUUUAUUUGUUGAAAAUGAUGAGUUUGAUGAAUAGGAAACAUAUUCACAGAGUGACAAUAUUUUGAAUUAUAUGUAAAAUUUGCUCAAAUACAAAACUGAAUUCUUUCAUAUAAUUGCAUAUUUUUUUAUUUUUCAAUUAUUAUUUUUUUUUUUUUUCCAUUCGUUUACUACUGUAUUUGACUUACUGAUGAUUACAAUUUUUGCUCAGGUAAUAUGUUGGAUGCUGUAAAGCAUUAUUGCAGACACUUUUGACAAAGUAAUUUGUGAUUGAUGAGUAACUGAACCUUUGGAAUUACUUUGUAAAAACAAUUGUUGGUGUAAAUACUAGGUGCCUUUUUAAGACUUGUAUGCUUUAGUGCCAGUAGGUGGCACUCCAUUAUUAGUCCUAUACUGAAAAAGACAAAUGGUGACUGUUGUGAUAUUACCUUGUUGCAGGGAUGUUAAUAUUUAGUUUCUCAGUAUAUUGUGUUUAAUUGAAGUUUGUCAGAUCUUCCAGUCUUUUUGCACCUCUCUUUAAGCCAAAUUGAACUGUGCAAUGCAUUUAAAUGAAGGAGUUUUGUUAUUGUAGAGACUUUUGUAUGUGAAUGCACUGUAAUGAAUAAUGCACAGGAUGCAUUUGUCUGUCCGUACACUGUCCUCCAUUUAAAACGACAUGGAGAUGUUUUGUUUUGUUUAAUAUAUGUGUGAUAACAUUUAGGCCAGUGCUUUGUUGAACUUUUUGGAACAUGUUGCUGUCCUUCCAACAUUUAAUUGUUAUAAUUUUAAUUUUCUUCAUUACAGAGAUUUAUUGUAGAAAACCAAAGCUCAGGAACUCAGACAAUGAAAAGUGAACAUUUUGCUGGUGUUUAGAAAUUAUGUACUGCACCAGUGUUUACUUUAAGGAACUUUGAGGUCACACCCAUUGUUUUUGUUUUGUUAAUGUCCUUCUGCUCUACAUUGUGCAUACCAAAGAAAAACAUCUGUGUUAUGUCACUUCCUGCUGCAUAACUGGUCUAUCUAUGGACAUUUCCUGUGAUGUUAAAAUCACCAGAGGAGCUUUAUUUUCCGCUCCUAAAGGGCAGAAUUUUCCAUGAGGCAGGUACUUCAAAAAAAAGAAAAAAAAAAGAUAAUUGAUGUGUGUGGUUAUCCAGUAGAUAUUUUUAAGUCCAUGUUUUAUUGUAUAAUAAUGUACUUAAUAACUGAAAGCACUUAAUGCAAAUAGUCCCAAAGUUGUAGGAUGUUUUUUAAAUACUUUUUGAAAUGCUUGCUGGUACAAUGCAAAUACAUGUCAAAGGAGCAAGGAUUUAAUGUUUCUGUACCCUUUGAUCUGUAAAAUGAAAUAGGAUUAAAGAUGUUAUUAUAUUUUCA